AUGGCUACAAUUCUCAUCACCGGUGCCACUGGCAAACAAGGCGGUGCUUUGAUCAAAAAUCUCAUCGAGAAAAAGGCGCCCUUCAAGAUCCUCGCUCUCACCCGCGACCCGCAAUCAGCCUCUGCGCAAAAGCUCGUCAAGGAGUCGAAGAAUAUUACUCUUGUACAAGGCGAUUUGGACAAUCCGAGUGAGAUUUUCAAGAAUGCACAAGCUCAGACAUCGGAGCCGAUUUGGGGUGUAUUCAGCGUUCAGGUCGCUAUUGGAAACACAUCCGCUGAAGACGUCCAGGGCAAGAACCUGAUCGACGAAGCGCUCAAAAACGGCGUCAAAUACUUCGUCUAUAGUUCUGCCGAUCGCCACGGCGAAAAGUCACUCGACAACCCGACUAAUAUCCCCCACUUCAUUCACAAGCAUAAUAUCGAGAAGCACCUCAUCGAAAAGACCAAAGACGGGCAAAUGAAUUGGACGAUUCUGCGCCCGACCGGCUUCUAUGAUAAUCUCACCCCAGACUUCAUGGGCAAAGUGUUCACGACAUCCUUCAAGGUGUCGCUGAAGAGGAAGCCGUUGCAGAUGAUCGCUAGCAGUGAUAUUGGUGCGGUUGCGGCACAGGUCUUCCUCAAUGCGAGGGAUUAUAAGGGUCGUGCGAUCUCGUUGGCUGGCGAUGAGUUGACCUACGAUCAGUUCGCGCAGAUCUUCAAGGAGAAGACUGGUCAGAACCUGCCGACCACGUUUAGCCUCGUUUCUACGGUUAUGAUGUUUAUUAUUAAAGACUUUGGAUCCAUGUAUAAGUGGUUUUAUGAUGAAGGAUUUGCGGCGGAUAUUGAGGAGGUGAGGAAGAUUCAUCCUGGAUUGAAGGACUUUGGGACUUGGUUGGAGACGGAGAGCAAGUUUGAAACGAAAUGA